AUGAAGGUUUCAAUCUUCUUCAUUGCUGCAUUGCUUAUUCUAUCAUGUUCAUCAUCAAUGGUAAUGGGAGUGAACUACCACGAAGACCAUUGCCACGACUCUGAAGAUUGUGAAAUAUGGUGCAAACAAUAUGUUCCUGAACCGAAAUGUAUUAACCACAUCUGCAAUUGUAAACCGCCUCCUUCGACCGACGAAGACCUCCCCACAUCGGCUAAUUCUUCCAAUUUGGAUAAUUGA